GUGGGUGCUACAUGGUUGCUAGGGGGGCUGGAACCGGAAACGGACAAAAGCGUCCUGGACGCUCCAUCACCGGAUUCUGUUUUGAUAUGUUGUUGUUUAGCUAGCAGACCCAGUGAAACCAUUCUACUCAUUUGUAAGGGAAAAUGUCGAUAAUAAUCGCGCUUGACUGAUCUUUCCCUUAUUGGGAUAGGAGAAUAACUUGUAGUUAGUAACCAUGACAGCAGCUGCUGCUCUGCAGAUUGGAGACCAGCUGAUCCUGGAAGAGGACUACGAUGAGAACUACAUCCCCUCUGAACAAGAGAUCCACGAGUACGCACGAGAGAUUGGCAUUGAUCCCAAUCGGGAGCCCGAGCUCCUAUGGCUGGCCAGAGAGGGCAUUGUUGCCCCACUGCCUCCCGAAUGGAAACCCUGUCAAGACGUGACGGGGGACGUGUACUACUUCAACUUCUCCUCGGGCCAGUCCACCUGGGACCACCCGUGUGACGAGCAAUACCGCAGCCUGGUAAAUCAGGAGCGAGAACGAGCCGGCACCCAGCCUCACGGGCCCCCCACCACCGGCGCUAAAAAGGAGAAGAAAAAGAAAAAAGACAAGAAGGAGAAAAAGAAGAAGGCAAAAGACCAAGAGCUCCUGAAGCCACCAGGACCAUCUAUAAACAAAGGGGAAAGGCCUGCAUUGAAGGAGAGCCAGACAGAAACACCCCUGGGAACAGCGAAAGGUUCCCUGCCAUUAAGCUUGACCCUUGGGCCCCUGCAGGCCCCAUUGGGGAGCCUGGGGAGCCUUGCUCCUCUGCGGGGUCUUGAUGGCCCGGCCUUGAGGGGGUCCCUGAGCAGCUCUGGAGGGCUGGAGCCCCUGAAGACUCCCCUUGGGGGUCCUCUCUCAAGCCUCGGGUCCAGUCUACUGGGAGGGCGACAGGAGGAGCGUGUGGCUUUCUCUCCGCCUGGGUUCGAGGAUGACGAGGAUAACAUCUCAGAGGAUGAGCAGCCGAGUCGUCGUGGCUCGGCCAGACUGUUACAGAACCUCCACCUGGACUUGGAUGCGUUGGGAGGAGGGCUGCAGUAUGAGGACAGUGAGGCCAGUGGACUGGCCCCGCCAGAGGAGAAGACAGAAGCAGAGCUACAGGACCUGGCCCUGUCUGGAGAGCACAGCCCUGAGCCCCCCUCUCAGCAGGUCUCCCUUCGUGGACGCCACCUCCUCUCCUCCCCACCAAGCGGAGGCAGCAGGGACUGCAGUAGUGCUGCUGGGGUCUGCCCCCCUACCCCAGACCCCCAGCCUGCUAAAACUAGAGACAGUGGAGAGCAGGAAGAAGAUUAUGAGGGGUGGGGAGAGGACAGAGAGAGUGUGGCUGAGGAGGAAGGAGGUGAAGAGGAGAACCAGAGAGAAGUAGGGCAAGCGAGUGAGAAGAAGGAAGGAGAGGAGGGGGAGGGCAAGGACGUUGAGGCUGAGGUCAGUGAGGAGGUAGAGUGUGAAGGAAAGUUGGAGGAGGGAGAGGAGGAAAGUGACGAGGUCAUAAAGAGGUGUGUAAAAAGUGAGGAUGGGGAGGAAGAGGAGACUGGUGACGUAGUUGAGGAAAAUGUCAAUAAAAAUGAGGAAGGAGGAAGUGAUGAAAUGAUGGAGAGAUAUCUUGGAGAGCAAGAAGAGAGUGAUGAGGUAGUAGAGCGGUGUGUUACAAAUGAAGAACUAGAGGUAGGUCAUGACAAACAGGUGGAGGACUGUAAUGAGCUAGUUGAGAGCAGUGUUAAAAGUGAAGAAGAACCAAAAGCAGAUGAGAGAGACACUAAAAGUGAGGAAGCAGGAGAGGAAAAAGAGGGGGAACAGGAGGAAGAGAGUGAUGAGGUAGUAGAGAGAUAUAUGAAAGAGAUGGAGGGAGGAGAUGUAGAGGAAAGUGAGAUAGUGGGCGAGAGACAUUUCAAAAGGAAGCAUGUGGAAAGGAAGGAAGAGACUGUUAGAGACAGUAUAGAGGAGGAAGAUGAGGCAAAGGGAGAUGAGGAUAGUGAUGAAGUGGUUGAGAGGUGGUUGAAAGAGGAGGAGGUGAAAGAGGAGGGUGAGAGGGAGGUGGUGGAGAGGUGUGUGAAAAGUGAGGAAGAGGUGGAAGAUGAGGAGGCUGAGGAGGGUGAGAGUGAGGUGGUGGAGAGGUGUGUGAAAAGUGAAGAAGAGGUGAAAGAUGAGGAGGGUGAGAGUGAGGUGGUGGAGAGGUGUGUGAAAAGUGAGGAAGAGGUGGAAGAUGAGGAGGGUGAGAGUGAGGUGGUGGAGAGGUGUGUGAAAAGUGAAGAAGAGGUGAAAGAUGAGGAGGGUGAGAGUGAGGUGGUGGAGAGGUGUGUGAAAAGUGAGGAAGAGGUGGAAGAUGACGGUAAAGAGGAAGCUGGUGAGAGUGAGGUGAUAGACAGGUGUGUGAAAAGUGUUGAAGAGGAGGGCAAAGAGGAGGCUGAGGAGGGAGAGAGUGAAGUGUUGGAGAGGUGUGUGAAAAGUGAGGAAGUAGAAGAGGAGGUCGGCAAAGAGGAGGCUGAGGAGGGAGAGAGUGAAGUGGUGGAGAGGUGUGUGAAAAGUGAGGAAGGGGAGGAGGGUAAAGAUGAACCUGAGGAGGCGAGGGAGAGGUGUGUGAAAAGUGAGGAGGGGGAGGAGGGUAAAGAUGAACCUGAGGAGGCGAGGGAGAGGUGUGUGAAAAGUGAGGAGGGGGAGGAAAGUGACAAAGUCUUCGAGAGAUGCUCGCUGAGUGAAAAACAGGCUAGGGAAGGAGAGGAGAGCAGUGAGGAGGAGGUGGAGGGGUGCGUCAAAAGCAAACGAAAAGAAAAGGAAGGAGACAGACUUGAAGAAGACAGUGAUGAGGUGGUGGAAAACUGCAUUCAGACCGUGCAAGCCUCACCGAAACCCAAAACAUCCACAAGCUCAGAGGAAGUAAUCGAGAGACUCGAGCAACAAACGGUCCAAGCUAAGUCACUGGGGAAGAAGAAGUUAGCAGACCUUAAACGAAGUGACAACAUGGAGGUGUAUGUGGGGAAGAAGAAGAAUGUGCCCAAACAAAGCCCUCUACCAGCAGAGCAGUCAGAGGCCAGCGAGCACAUCGAGGUGGCAUCCUCCUCCACUGAGGACCUCAAGUCUGGUUUUGGCUCCAAGUUGUCAGAGAAAGUCCUGGACCUGAAGGAUCUCUCCCUUGCUGUUAGUCCACUCCUGCAGGACAAAGUGGGGAUAGUGAAAGUCAGUGCGGAGGAGAAGGAACGGAGGAAGAGGGCAGAAGCUGCAGAGAGGCGUCUCCAUGGUGCAGGCAGGGAGGAUCCAGUGAUGGAGGACAGGCCCCCCAGCCAGCCCAGUGAAUCCCAGCAGACCACAGGAUCCUCCCACUGUGAGCCGGAACCCCGGCUGCGGGCCGAGGGGGUCAGCACCAGCGCCAGCCUAGGGGUGCCGGGGGUCCAGCGGCCUGACACCUCCAGAGGCCGCCUGGUUAGGAGCCCCCACGCCCACUACAAAGAGGAAGCCCCCAGACAGGGGGAGGACAGCAGAAGGGCCCAGGAGAAGGAGAGGAGGGAGACUGAGAGGGAGAUGGAGGAGAAGGAGCGUGCGCUGCAGGAGAGGCAGGAGAAGGUGCGCCUCCUUCAGGAGGAGCUGAGCCGGGAGGAGGAGGAGGAGGAACGGAGGCUGAAGGAGGAGAGCAAGGAGAGGGUCAGGAGCCUGAGGGAGAGGCUCCAGAGUAAGGGGAGGGAAGAGGAGAGCAGGCUGAGUGUGGAGUCUGAAAGCAGGCUACUGGAGCUGAGGGAGAUGGCCCGGAGGGAGAGAGAGAACCAGCAACGCAACAUCAGGGAGGAGGGUGAGGCGAUGCUGAGAGAGCUGCGUGCCACCCUGGAGGCGGAGAGAGAGGCAGAGCGAGAGAGGAUAGAGGCCCAGAGGAGGCGGGACCUGGAGCGACUGAGGGAGGAGUCAGAGGAGAAGCUCCAUGGGGAGAAGCGGAGACUGCUUGGGGAGCGGGAGGAGCAACUCAGCUCCCUCAAACAGGAGGGGAGAAGCAGUGCCAGUGAGAGGUGGAGGGAGUUGAAGAGCCCUCGUAGCCCGGAGCAGCAUCUAGCAGAGUACCAAAGAGAGUUGGGAGACGUGCUCCAGGAAGUGAGGGAGGAAGUGCAGCGUGACCAUGCCAGGAAGCUGGGGCAGCUCAAAGACGACCACCACAGAGAACUCAACUCGAUCAGAGAGAGUCAUCUGGACCAGGAGGCUGUCCAAAAGGAACAGUUGCUGUGUGUCCUGCAGGAGGAGAGGGAUCGCCUGCUGGCUGCACACAGCGCCCAGCUGGAAAGACUCCGUACACAGCUAGACUCCCAGCUCUGCAAGACCCGCCAGACACACACACGCAAGGAGGCAGAGAUUCAGGAGCUGGGGGACAGGCUGGAGCUGAGGGCCAGGGAACUGAAGAGCCAGGAGACCAUACUGAAGACCCAGGCAGCGAAUUUGAAGAAGAGGAGGCAGCAGCUUGGGGAUGAAGAGGAUGAGAUAGACAGAGGAAUCGAGGCUCUGCCUGGAGUCAUGCAGGAGAGAGAUGGACUGAGAGAGGAUCUGGAGAGGGUGGAAGGACAGAGGGACAGGGCGAGGCAGGAGGCGGAGAGAGGGCGGGAGGAGAGGACCAAAGUGAGAGAGGAGUUGGAGAGAAUGAGGGAGGAGAGGGACAAAGCAAGAGAGGAGAGCAGGAGGAUGAAGGAGGAGCGGGACCGGCUGGAGAGCAAGGUGGAGCUGCUGCAGGAGCGCUGUGAUCGGCUGGGCCGCAGAGUCAGUGAUCUGGAGCAGAGUGAGAUCAAGAGGCCUUCUACUAGACUGGACAGAACAGAGGAGGAGGAGAGGAAGAAGGAGAAGGAUAGCGAGGCAGCACCCUCUGCUGGACGGGAGAAAGUGCUGCAUGUGGAACACCUGAAAGAACCUCCUCUCUCCCCCAUCUCCAGAGACAGCGAGAGCAGCUUGGAUGACUUGCAUCAGUAUAUCUCCUCUGAGGGCCUGUCCCUGCAGAAGGCCCGGCGCUUCCUGGAGAGGGAGAGUGGUCGUCUGAGUGAAAGACAGGCAGCGCUGCAGGCAGCGCAGGCCCUGUCCAGCUCCUCUCAGUACCCCAACACCACCACGCACGUCCAGGCCACACAGCAGAUGUACAGGAACCUGCAGCAGGAGGCCAGUGACGUGGAGGAGUUGAGGGUGACUGUGCAGAGGGGGAACUCGUUGCUACGCAGGAAAGAGGAGAGACUGCAACAGCUAGAGAGCUCCGUAGCUGAAGAGGUCUCCCAUCAUCACUACUAUGAUGACCAGGGCAGACUGGCUGCUGAUAGGAAGGUAACCUUUGAUGUGACUGAAUCGGAUAUGAGCAGCGUCAGCAACGGCCAUGAUGGCCCAGGUGGGGAGCCCACAGUGCCAGCUAAAGUGCAGCACUUAGCCGAGUCGCUCCAGCACAUUUCUGGCCAGCUCAACACAGUCCUGGGCGCCCUGGGCUCCCUGACCCAACGCCAGACUCCUUACCAGCCUCUCCCCCUACCUCUGCCACUCUCCCAGCCCCGAACCCCCACCUCAAUGCCUCUUUCACAGCUCUCCAUGCCUCAGUCUGGGCCCUCCUGGGCAUGGGCCCCUCACAGCACCUCCACCCAGACACGGGGUUCUGAGGACCUGCUCAACAGCCGCUGGGCCAAGCUCUUCCCUGGGGCUCCUAUUGAGUCCAUAGCCACCAGUUCCUUGAGGACCAAUGCUCUUUAUUCAGGGUACAGUCCUGCAAGUGAGCAGGCUCGUAGUCUGUCCUCCAUGCAGCCUAAGGCAGCGGAGAUGGAUGGCCAGAGGCUACAGGGUCUGAUUGACGGCAACAAGAGAUGGCUGGAGACACGCAGGAAAGACCCCAGUGUACCUCUGUUCACGCGUUAUCGGACCCCCCCAACUAUGAGUGGACUGGUCCAGCUGAGCCUGGACGACAACAACCAGAUUAAAGUGUACCAUUACUAAAGGGGGAGGGAGAAGUUACAUACGGAGCAAGGAUCAACACAAGCAGAUAAAGCUGUAUUGUUACUGAAAAAGGGCUAAGGACAGGGGUGGGUUUUUAAAAUUCACUUUUAAUGCAGGGAUCCCUCUAGCUCUGGUCCAGGGCGUUACUAGAGGAACCGCCCUCGACUGUGUGUGUACCAAAGGUACGCCCUGGACUAGAGCUAAGAUUCCUCUACAACCACAUUUCCAUAUCAGAUUACUGUAAGAAACCUUACCUCCAGUGAACUCUUCAUCCUCAGGUUUAGCUGUGAUUGGGUGACAGAAGAGAGAACACUAGGGCUGUUGUAAUUUCAUUCAUUUGGCAUGCAAGGGUGAACAGCUUGGGAGUAUGGAGACAAUAGCCCCCAAAUCAGUUUGUUUCCCAAUUCUUUUGCCUCUAUUUAAAUGUUUCAAAAGUAGAACGCAUAGUUGUUACAUAUUCAAUAGGUGCUUCACUUUAUUAGGAGAGACAGAGGUUUAUGAGAUACCGUUGAUAUCUUACAUUUCUAAGCCUCAUAACUGAUGUGAGAUGGUAAGUGACUAAAGAUCAGUGUCGUUGUAAUUCUGCUGUAUGAGAAGUUCAAGCCAUAAUAACCACUACAAGGGCAAGACAACUUGUGAAGCAUUCAGUCUAUGAAAUUCUGGUAAGAGAGACCCUCUUCCAGUGUGUUUACUGUGCAGAUAGAUGUGUGCAAUUUUUACAGUAUUUUUAUAAAUAUUUUAAUAAAUGUAAAGUGGUGUAUAUUCAUAA